UUUCGAUCGGGAGACCUCGAGAGCGAGAGGAGGCUGCAAGAGAGCUCUCGAGUCUCGAGUUGGAGGCAAUGAGCAGUUCCCGGGAUUCGUCUCCCGAUUGGCUCCGCGAAUUCAAGGCACCAACUCGAGAUUUUGAGACAUUAUCUUCAGAUUCUGAUUCUUCUCCAAAAAUUAGUCCCAAAGGAUUUGUCGGUAUAAAUUCUGAGGCAUUAGAGGAGCAUCAAAACGAACAAGAUUCUGUUCUUAUUGAUAGCCAAGAAAGUCCUGCCAAGAAGGGUAAAAAACGAAAGUCUCCAAAAGUUGAAGAGAAUUUUGAUAUUAAAGAAGAUGCAUCUGAUGCACUAGAGGGGGAACCGAUUGAGGAGGAUAUUAAAGAAAAACCUGCUAAACCUUUGGUCUCCUCCAGGUUGCCUUUGGUGUUUCCUGACAAAGUUCAGCGUACAAAGGCACUUGUUGAGUGUGAUGGGGACUCCAUAGACUUAGGUGGAGAUGUGGGUGCUGUUGGGCGUAUAGUAAUUUCAAAUGGCUCAAAGGGAAACCAUGAGAUGCUCUUGGACCUUAAAGGCACAAUUUAUAGAUCCACAAUUGUACCCUCGAGGACUUUUUGCAUUGUUAGUGUUGGACAAUCAGAAGCAAAGAUAGAGGCAAUUAUGAAUGACUUUAUUCAGCUGGAACCUCAAUCAAAUGUAUUUGAAGCGGAAACAAUGGUUGAAGGUACACUUGAUGGGUUUUCAUUUGAUUCAGAUGAGGAGGGAGAGAAGAUUCCCAGGAUCAAUGCUGAUCAAAGCAACUCAAACAAUGAAAAUGGAGAUCAAGCCAAUAAGAAGAGCAGGAAGAAAGAGGGUAUGACGCAAAAGAAGGCUAAAGCUACUGUAAAGCCAUCUAAGAAAGCAGCAAGGAAGCCUCAAGCUUCAAGGAAAACAAAGAAGUCAAAGAAAUGAGAUGCAUGGAAGCUGAACAACCAUUUUCUUAAGAUAACACAACUUCCCAGACCCAAGUCAUAAUAGCUGCAGCAUAUUAUCUAGUUUAUCAAGAUUGGCUUUUAAACCUCAUGUCUCAACCUCUUUAAUGAAACGGACUUGAUUAAUAUUGUGAUUUCAUUCAGAUUAAUGCACUGUGAUUCUGUGAAUCACAAUUCUCUCGGCAAUCCAUUGCCUUCAGUGGUAAUGCUUGUAAUGCUGUACCAAGAGACAUCAGGAGAAAGAAUGACAAUUUUCCUUAUGAGA